GGGCAUAACCGCCAUGUAUCUGGAAGAAACGCAAAGAUCGCGCAAAUUGGCGGUUAAUUAGUUCGAAUCUUGAACAUUUUGGCGGUCAUCGGUUAAUUAACCGCCCAGUCCAGUAACACACACAUAUAACCAACCAAAUGCUGUUUAGGGUUUUCAUUGGCGGUGAUGGACGUCAGGAGGAUAACGGCGAAUCCACGGCCGGCUCGUUCUCGGCGUGUGGUGGCGAAGAAGCGGCCACGUGAAGGUGUUGAUGGUUUCGUUAACACCGUUAAGAAGAUUCAAAGGAGGGAGAUAUGUUCGAAGAGAGGACGUGCUUUUAGGGUUUCUGAUGUUCAGGAAAGAUUCAGAAAUAUUCGAUUACAGGAGGAGUAUGACUCUCAUGAUCCAAAGGGACACCAAAAUACAGUAUUGCCAUUUCUCAAAAGAAGGUCAAAAAUCAUUGAGAUUGUAGCGGCCCACGAUACAAUAUUUGCUCUUGCACAAUCUGGAGUCUGUGUAGCGUUCAGCCGGGAAACUAACAAGAGGAUAUGCUUUUUGAAUAUUAGUCCCGAUGAAGUUAUACGUAGCUUGUUUUACAAUAAGAACAAUGAUUCGCUCAUUACAGUUUCUGUGUAUGCUGCAGACAGCUUUACUUCUUUGAAAUGUAGAACAACAAGGAUUGAAUAUAUAAAACGAGGUCAGCCAGAGGCUGGUUUUGCUCUUUUUGAAUCGGAAUCUUUGAAAUGGCCCGGAUUUGUAGAGUUUGAUGAUGUAAACGGGAAGGUACUCACGUUCUCCGAGCAAGACAGCAUUUACAAGGUGUUUGACUUGAAAAAUUAUACGAUGUUAUUCUCCAUAUCAGAUAAAAACGUACAAGAGAUCAAAAUAAGUCCGGGAAUCAUGUUAUUGAUAUAUAAUAAAUCAAGCGGCCACGUCCCGCUCAAGAUUCUCUCUAUCGAAGAUGGGACCGUUCUAAAAUCUUUUAACCAUCUCCUUCAUCGACAUAAGAAGGUGGAAUUUAUCGAACAGUUUAAUGAAAAGCUUCUUGUAAAGCAAGAGAAUGAGAAUCUUCAGAUUCUUGAUGUACGUAAUUCGGAGCUAAUUGAAGUUAACAAAGCAGAAUUCAAGACACCGUCAGCAUUCAUCUUUCUCUACGAGAAACAGUUGUUCUUGACGUUCAGAAACCGAACAGUGGCUGUUUGGAACUUUAAAGGUCAACUUGUGACUUCAUUUGAGGAUCAUUUGUUGUGGCAUCCUGAUUGCAACACCAACAUUUUACACAUCACAAGUAAUCAGGAUCUCAUCGUUUCAUAUUGCAAAUCUGGUUCUGAUGAUCCGUUAACAGAUGGAAACGCUGGUUCGAUAAAUAUCAGCAAUAUUCUAACAGGAAAAUGCCUUGCUAAAGUAACGGCAACAAACAACCUCCCCAUAAACGAAUGCAAUUGCAGCAACAACAAUAGCGCAAGAUGCAAGUGCAACUCGAGGAGACAGAUUUCAAGCUCCGUUACAGAAGCCCUAGAAGACAUUACCGCCCUCUUUUACGACGAAACUCGUAACGAAAUAUAUACUGGGAAUAAGUUUGGUUUGAUCCAUGUUUGGUCUAAUUGAAGGACUGUUUUAAUAGUUUUUUUUUUUUUUUUUUUUUUAAUAUUAAUUUUUUGGUUAAAUAGUAUUCAUGUGUAGAGUACUUAAAGUUUUCUGCAUCAAUACAGUGGUGAUCCAUUA